UGAAACUAGGGGUGGGGAAGGGCGGUCUGAAGACCUGACAAAGCCAAGUCCUGCUCCCUGGCUGCUCUCAGAAAGUCGAGGCUAGUCUGACACUGAGUCUAUUCUUUCAGACCACAGCACCAUGCCCAUGACCCUGGGUUACUGGGACAUCCGCGGGCUGGCCCAUGCCAUCCGCAUGCUCCUGGAGUACACAGACUCAAGCUAUGAGGAGAAGAGAUACACCAUGGGGGACGCUCCUGACUAUGACCAAAGCCAGUGGCUGAACGAGAAAUUCAAGCUGGGCCUGGACUUUCCCAAUCUGCCAUAUUUAAUUGAUGGGUCACACAAGAUCACCCAGAGCAACGCCAUCCUGCGCUACCUUGCCCGCAAGCACAAUCUGUGUGGGGAGACGGAAGAGGAGAGAAUUCGUGUGGAUAUUUUGGAGAAUCAACUUAUGGACAACCGCAUGGUGUUAGCCAGGCUUUGCUAUAACCCUGACUUUGAAAAGCUGAAGCCAGGGUACCUGGAGCAACUCCCAGAAAUGAUGAGGCUUUAUUCCGAGUUCCUGGGCAAGCGGCCAUGGUUUGCAGGGGACAAGAUCACCUUUGUGGAUUUCAUUGCUUAUGAUGUUCUUGAGAGGAACCAAGUAUUUGAACCCAAGUGCUUGGAAGCAUUCCCAAACCUGAAGGACUUCAUAUCUCGCUUUGAGGGCCUGAAGAAGAUCUCAGACUACAUGAAGAGCAGUCGCUUCCUCCCAAGACCCGUGUUCUUAAAGAUCGCCAUCUGGGGCAACAAGUAGGGCCUUGGCGGGGUGGGAUUUAGGAUUGAGAUGCCAGAUGUCCUUGGUUUGCAGGGAGCCCUGCGGAGCAGCCAGGACCUCUGCAGCCCCAGAGCCACCGUUUCCUUCUCCCUUCUUUUCCAUCCUGUCCAGACCCCAAGUCUCACCAGCUCUCUUUUUAGGCUCAUUCAGUGCCUGCCCAACAUAGGUGCAACUAUGCCCAGCAACUCCUUUCCGUGAUCCAGGUACCCUUCUGCACUGCAGUGCCCUCUACAGGCUCCAAGGUACCCUUCUACACUGCAGUGCCCUCUACAGGCUCCAAGGUACCCUUCUGCACUACAGUACCCCCUACAGGCUCCAAGGUACCCUUCUGCACUGCAGUGCCCCUUACAGGCUCCAAGGUAACCUUCUAUACUGCAGUGCCCCCUACAGGCUCCAAGGUACCCUUCUGCACUGCAGUGCCCCCUACAGGCUCCAAGGUACCCUUCUACACUGCAGUGCCCCCUACAGGCUCCAAGGUACCCUUCUACACUGCAGUGCCCCCUACAGGCUCCAAGGUACCCUUCUAUACUGAAGUGCCCCUUACUGGCUCAUGUCUUUGGAUACUUGGUUCCCACUGAUGGCCACUUUGGGCAGUUGUGGGUUCUCUGGCAGGUGGGGGUCUAUCUGGAGAGAGUAGGUUGCUAGGAGCAUAGACUUUGACCUUUGUAGCCAAGUCCUCUUCUGCUUGCUCUCUGUGUCCCGCUGAACAAGACAUGAACAAGUUGCACUGUGACGGAAGCAUGUGUCACUACAUCUGUGACUCAGGCCUACUGCUAGCCUCCCCUGCCACUUUGAGCUCUAUCUCCUGAACCAUGAACCAGAAUAAAUUGUUCUCCACUUA